AUGAGCUCUAAGACAUUACAAAGUAUAGAAGAGUCCGAAUUGCCACCUGACUUAAAAGAAAUUUUGCCUUGUGAUUAUAAAUAUCAGCUUGAAAAAAUGGACAUACUUCCAUCAUUAUUUACUGAUAAAGAUAUAGAGUUAAAGCAAUUUAUCUUUGACUUAUUAAUAAAUAUUCAAACAAAAGAUGAUGCAUUGAUAUGUUGUGUUGCUGGUGCGCUUCCUUUUGAUCUUUUUUUAACUUCUGAUGAAUCAGAAGUUACAAUUGAAUUUGCCAUUAAUAAAUUAAAAAGUAUUUUACCUUCAAAUGCAUUUUUUGGUCGAGGAGUAGAUCUAGAUCCUUCUAUGUUUAUGACUGAUGAUUCUGCAGCUGAACAAAAUAUUAUGAAUGUUGAAUACCAGAAAUUCCAGUUACAAUGGUAUAAUAAGUAUUCUAAAUUGGCAAGGCAUUGUUCACUCCUUUGGGAAAGAAGAGAAUUUUGGGCAGUAUCAUUUCGUAAUGGUGCUUCAACAAGAGGAAAUCAUACAAAUAAUUAUGUAGAAAGGAGCUUUGGAAUUAUAAAAGAUAUUAUUUUUAGUAGAGUUAAAGCUUAUAAUCCUAUUCAAAUUUAUUUUUUUAUUAUUGGUAAUAUGGAAAGAUUUUAUGAAAGGAAGCUUUUAGCUAUUGCAAAUAAGCAAUUAAACAGUAUUUCAAAAAGGUUUUUUUGUCCAAGGUGGGAAUCUGUUGACCAAAAUAAAAUUGUUUCUGCUAAUAUUGAACAUAUGUAUUAUGUUCAAAGUACGUCAAAGUCAGAUAUAUUUUAUAUAGUUGAUUCAAAUAUUGGUAUAUGCACAUGUCCGAAAGGCAUUUGUGUAAUGGACAAAUCCUUUUAUGUAAAAUUUCAUGCUGAAAUAAAAACUAAGGAUUUUUUAGAAAAUAACGCCACAAACAUAUUAGGAAAUGAUAGUAACAUAAAUAAUAUAUGGGAAAAUAAUAAUACAAAUCCAUCAGAAAGUCCAGAAAGCCCAUUGGAAAAUAACAAUAACAAUGCAAGCCCAUCAGAAAAUAAUCAUGCAAAUUUAUUGGAAAAUAAUGCACUGAGAUUGUUAGAUACGAACUCAUCGGAAAUCUUUGCAAGAUCUUCGGAAUUAGAACUUAAUCACCAAAAUAGAGAAUAUCGUGUCAAGUUAAUUAAAGAAUUUCUUGAUUCUGUUUAUCAAGAUGUUACAAAUAACGAUCAAUUAUUAUUAGGCAUGGAAAGUUUUCAAAAGGGGUAUGAAAAAGCUAAGAAUACAUCUAAUGGACAACUAGUAUCAUAUUUACACCAAAAUUAUCAAAAUUUGGAUUCAAGAUUUAAUGUGAAAAAUCGCAAAAUUCCAGUACAAGUAGCUUCAAUCCAAAGGCGUAAACAUUCUAAAGAGAAUGAUCCUAAUAUGAUGCCAUCUAGGAAAAAGAGAAAAAUUUCAAAAUUAUCGCACAAUUUAUCCCAAUCCAUAAAGAAAAAUAUAAACAGCUAG